AAACGAAAAAUUUAUUCGAUAUUUCAGUUCAUAGUCGCGUGCGAGAAUAAGCGGAUGAUGCUUUAAAAUUUCAUUAAAUGUUUUUCUUUCGGUUCAUUUUUUCUUUUUCUUUUUUGUUUUCUUUGAGCAACAUUCUCUAUACAAAAUAUUGAUUGACGAGCAUUUGCAAUUAAUUUAUUUUUAUGAAAUUUAUAGCUCAUUAAGAGCAUUAAAAAAACAAAAAAUAAAAAAAACAAUGAUAUAAAAAGAAAGAGAGAAAUGCAUAAUAAGUGUAAAUUGAUGUGCGCUAUGUAUUUUUGUAAGCAAAUAAACGUUCGAUGAAAGGAAACAUUUUAGACUUGUACUGGAUGAACGGAGAGCGAUAAUUUUUAUUGGUUAUUGCUGUUGCAUAUUGUCUAAGGAAUAUUGAAAGAAAAAAAAAAAAAAAAAAGAAAUGGGUCUCGGCACAACUACCAUUAAACAUAUUCUACUGCUUUUGAAUUUUGUAUUAAUGUUUCUCAGUCUAAUCCUGAUCAGCUUUAGUAUUUUUAUCCUAGUCAGUGGAUCUGCAAACCAAACAGAUCAUGGUGAAAACGCCGCUGGAGGAUUAGUUAUGACACUCGGCAUCGUUAUUCUAGUCACAGCCAUAUUCGGUUUUAUAGCAGCCUUACGGGAAUCUAAGCACAAAUUAAUUAUUUAUGUUCCUAUAUUGGUGAUGUUGAUCUUAACGCAACUCGUAAUGACGAGUAUGGCAUCUCAUGGUACCCGUGACGGUCUCUCUGGUAGUAUACGUCAAGGCUUUGAGGAACUUUGGUCGUCCGAAAUACAAACUCCAGGUGCUUUGGCGCAUUACGAAGAUUGGCUUCAUUGUUGCGGUGUCAAUAACACAGACGAUUAUCGUCGCAUUCAGCACGAAAUUCCAAAAACGUGCUGUCACAAGCACGAUUGUUCCCAAAUCGAGAAUCUCUACCCAGACGGUUGUAUGGCCAAAUUCGAGGAGUAUUUAUCGGAUAAGACGCUCGCAUUUAGCAUCGUAAAUUGUCUAUUGAUAAUUGUUGAAGUAAUAUCGGCUAUACUCGGUUGGCUAAUGAUCAGUAAAUUGAAAAAUGAAUUUCGCCGAACGAAUGCAAGAUGGUUGUAGAUCAUUUAAAAAAAAGAAUUCUUUUUUCACGUUUAUGUGGACCACGUUGGUAGAAAUAACUAAGUGAAAAUAUUGUAUUUAAAUAUAAAUUUGAUGUGCCGCUUAACAGUUUUAUUAAUAUACAAAGCAUGUUGGAAAUAUAACGGGAUUGUUUGAAUAUUUUUGGAUAUGCCGCUAUCCCAUUACAUCACGUU